UAGUAGUGGCAGGUCGAUGCUCUCCUCGUUAGAGAGUCUCGGUAGUUCCCCUUCUUGACACACCUUUUGUUGUCUCGUCGAGCUGGAGUCAGCUAACGGUUGCUACCGAGCAUCACCCGCGUCGACUACCCGACACCGGUAAAGUGAAGCCGGGGUUAAAGAGUUACUCUGAAGCCAGGAGCUGAGAAGUGACAACCAACACCCUGCAAGGAUGAGUGGUGAUGAACUGAACCCAGCUGCAGUGGCUCAGCCAGUAGAGGAUGUACAAGGAGAUGGACGGUGGAUGUCACAGCACACAAGAUUUGUGCAGGAGUGUAAGGAUGGUGAACCAGAUGUGCUUUUUGUGGGGGAUUCUAUGAUACAACUAAUGCAGCAGUAUGAGGUCUGGAGGGAGUUGUUCUCUCCUCUUCACGCACUCAACUUUGGCAUUGGAGGGGACACCACCUGUAAUGUGCUGUGGAGGCUGGAGAAUGGAGAGCUGGAGAACAUCCGUCCCAAGGUGGUGGUGUUGUGGGUAGGAACCAACAAUUACGAACACACAGCCGAGCAAGUUGCAGGAGGAGUUCUUGCUAUUGCACAGCUACUCACGUCCCACCUCCCAAAGGCAAAGAUAGUUGUACUGGGUCUGUUGCCUCGAGGGGAGCGGCCCAACCCUCUGAGGGAAAAGAACGCUGCCAUCAACGGGUUCCUGCGCUCCUGGCUGCCGCGUCUGGGCCAGGCUCAGUUACUGGAUGUGAGCGGGGAGUUUGUCCACUCUGACGGAACCAUCAUCCAACAGGACAUGUUUGACUUCCUUCACCUGACGUCAUCAGGUUACCGUGCCGUGGCCAAGCCCCUCUGUGACCUGCUGCUUCAGAUACUGGAGGAGACGCCAGAGGAGAGAAGGGCGUCACUGGUUUGAGGGCCGUGGCUGAGCAAUACAUUUAUCCAGAGGCAUGUCUCACCCGCUGCUGUUGGAGAUGGGGGAGACGUGCCCCUGGUGCCUGGAGGAGGAAGGGCUCACUCACAGAGGGGGGGUGGGGGGUACCCUGAUGUGAGUGGGCCCACAAGGGGUGUGGGAUGACAUUCAUGAGAGGAGGGUUGGGUGUGGAGAGGUGCUGAAGAGGGGGAGAGACCUCACUACAGACGUAGACACUGUGAUUGCAGUAGUAAGCUCUAUUGCAAAAAGGAUUUACCAAGGUCAGACUACUCUGAAUCAUACACAGAUAUACUGAGAUAUGUGGGACUGCAGUGGCACACACACAGAUUAAUCUUGGCCUGUGGAUAAAGAGAACGUUUCCCUCUGUCACCUUUGCCUCGGAUACAUGAUACAAAACAAAAAAAUUCCUCCCUCAUGUUUUGUUUGAUGUCCGCAAAUGUGUUAAAUGCGCGGCCUUACUAUUAACACAUUAGAAGUCCAGCUCAAAGCACACAGUAGGGAGAACAUUAUCCAGCAUUGUACAAUGUUAUGAGUCUUACCAGUAUACUACAGAGCAGCGGUUCCCAACCUGGUGGUCAGCCCCCCUCCACCAGGGGAGGCCAAGAAAAAUCUGAGGGGUCACAAGAUGGAAAAAGGAAAAAUAUUUCUGUGACAUAAAACAAUGUUUAUAUUUCCUCUAUUUCUUGCUUUUUUUAAAUUAUGAAAUUAUUAAGUUAAUUAUUAUGAAACACUGGAUACUUCCACCUUUUCAGGCUUCCAAAUAAAAAUCCAAAAAACUAUUGGAGAAGUAAAAAUCACUCCUUGGUGUUACAUUAAAUAAAAAGGUUGGGAACCACUGCUACAGAGGGACUACUGCUGUGAUGCACACUAUAUGAUGUGAGUGGUAUUUAAAAAUAACUCUCACAAUUAGAUGAUUUUGCUUACAGUGUAAUCCUGCAACACAUACAACAACAUAUAAAAUAAUUUAUAUAAAUUUACUCUGUUAGUUUUGUCAGUCCAGUUCUUUAUGUGUACUAUUUCAUAUACUCAGCCAGACAGGGAGCACUUAGUCUACUAAAUGUUCACAUUUGAACUCGGUGUGUAACUAGAUGUCUCUACAAAUUGAUAAUCAAUAUAAAAUAGAUCGGUGGAUAUCUGGAGAGACCACACAUACAGUAGAUUAUUACUUCAUUUCGUGUCACCUAAACUCAUCACUGAACUAAAUGUUCAACUCAAACCUGAUGUUGGUGUUCGCUGCAUGCAUGUUUUAAGGUGAGCCUCAGCUUUGGUGUAGAAAGUCAGCCAAUGCUUCUGUAUUACAUUAAGUAUGCAUUAAUUGUUUAUGUACAUUAAAUGAAUGAAUGUCAGCCAAAAUCAUGUAUUCAUAUAUCCAUAAGUGAUGCUGCGCUGUUGAAUCUACUUGUCCGAUAAUCUACAUGGGUCUUCCAAACACCCCCCAACCCCGCUGCUUACGUGCAAAGCUUCUUUCACACAUUUUAUUUGUAGAAUGACAAAUUCCUAAAAUUCUAUUUUAGGAGGAAAAAAAAAAAUCUUCAUUUCAGACAUUUCAUUUUAAAUGUCUAAAAAAAGAAGUAGUUUAACAAUUUUGAAGUUUUUUUUAUUGCUUAACUACAUACUCCCAGCUUUUUAAACUGAGCUCCCAACCACUUCUGGACUGUGUCCUGUGUUUUAGGGACAUUUUUGUGAAGAAUAAUAGAAUUUCGGGGCCAUGAUAUUCUCGUGCUCCAGUGCAGCACUGCACUUCAUUUUAUUUUUCACAACCAAGUAAAAGAAAUUUGAGAGAAGCAGGUGGUUGUUACAUUAGCUCCUGUCCUGCCUUCAUCUUACAUUGCCUAUCAUGAGUUAUUCCUUAUGAAUACAGACUGUUGUGGGACGUGGACAGUUUCUUCCAGCAUCUGUAUCUCACACUUGUAUGUCCAAAUAUUCAUAGUCAGACCCUCAGACUUUGAAGAGCGCAGGCUCUCUCUCCCUCGCCCCCUUUAAUACAUGAAUAUACAGUAUUUUCUCUUCAUUCUGUUUCUCACCACCUCUUUAUUUCUGUCCCUGUCGUAUUUGUAGUUGACUCCAGCCCUGCCACCCUGGGACAUGACAUCUCUACAUGGUAUAGUUAUUGAUUUUUUUGAUUUUUUUAAGGAAUAUAAAGUUGCCACAUGGUUAAGCUACUGAACACAGCUAUACUAAAUAUUGUCAUGCUAAAUGCUAAAAAGCAAUCACAGGUCAUGUACAUAGAAGCAUUCGUCUGUGAGCUUAUACUGUAGCUGUUUCUCCGUGGCUUUGGUUUGUGGCUGAGAGUCUCUUGUCGAGCAUCAAAUUAUACUGCUGUCUUAAGCUCUGCACAUUUGCGUGCUGUGUUAAAAUAUGAAUAGUGUAUGUGUGUGCCUUAAGUGUUCAUGGGGAUGGUUGUGUACAGUAUGUCUGGUACUGAAUUGUGUAAGUUGGAUGUAUGCGUGUUUAGAAGUGACCCCAGUUGUAUAUAAGACAAGUGAAGCUUGAGAAAAUGGUGCUUGAAGAGGGUUCAGAUUGUGGGAAUUUGUGUUUGGUGCAAUACAGUAUUUGCACUGUUUUGACUCACUGUCACGUUAUUGCGUUAAAGCAUUCCAAUAAAAAAAAAAAAAAACAAGGAUCUGAUCAUGUGUGAGAGUGGUCUUUUCUAUUUUUGGUCAUUAUCAAAUCAUAUUUGAAGUUGAAAGAAAAGAUGUUGUGCUUGUGAAAUGAACACUUUGCAGCACCAUGUGUUAGUGUUACACACUGACUCACCAACAGAGGGAACCAUUUCAUCAGAGAACUAAAUUUAGGAAGACACUAACAAGACUCAGUGCUUGUUCCACACCUCUUCUCUUCCAGCUAGAGAGUGUGUUAUUGCCUAAUUAAUUUGCUUUCACCAAGUUUAUCUCUCUAAUGUUGUAAUAAUUCACCAACAGCACCCAGAGGUAAUGCAGGAGAGGCAAUCUCCUGUUAAAAACGUCCUCAUUAAACAUUUAGUUAAGCGUGCUGGAGUGUAUGUGAUUGCUGGCAAGUUGUAAAAUACCUAUUUAAUAAACCAUUUGCUCACUUUUGAU